CCCUCCCCCUGUUUGUCGCUCCGUUGCCGCAGUGAAGGAAACCCCUCUCUCCUCUGGUGUCUACGUCGCUCUCCCGCCUGUCCUUUUAUGGUAUGGGGAUACCCGCCGUCACAACCGGAAGCAGCCCAUGUUUGGGCAGCUACGAAGCUCGCGGCGGGGGGAAUCCCUCGCGCCGGUGCCGACCAAUAAGGCCGAGCCUGGAGUUACCUAAGAGACGGAGAGUAUAAAAGGGGCCGCGAGCAGAGAGAGCCCAGCAUCCUCAGCAUCACCGAGCUCAGUAACGACUCACCGGCAGCUCCUCACGGAUUAAUAACGGCUCCUUAACCGCCGCGAGGGAAUCCCCGACACCGACCGAGCUUUUAAUCACUUCACCUGACACCGCGUGGUAAACUGCGGCUUCUGCACACCUUUAUCACGCACCUUUAUCACGCACCUUUAUCACGCACAAUAACCCGCAAUGCUUCUGGAGCGCGAGGACAGCUUCAUGUCGGAGUUUGAGGACGCGUGCAGCGCCUGGGUGGACAGUGUGGGCUCGAGCCCCAGCGACGGAGCCGACUCUGACGUGGGAUCACCUUUCUGUCAAGUUUUCUCUCCGGGAACUGACGCCUCUGACUCAGAUUUCUUCUCCGACUUCAGCGACUGCUCCUCGGACACACUCUCGCCCUCUCUCGGCUACACCGGCAGCUUCUUCACGGAACCGGAGCCGGUACCGGCAGCAGCGGGGCUGAGCAGCACCGCGGACGCGAUCCUCAACAUGAUCACAGAGAUCGUCGGGAUCUGCACCGAGAUGGAGCAGCAGGGCGACACCGGCUCUCUCCGCGAGUCCAGCCCGCCCUCUGCAGCGCCCUCCCCGGCUGCAGCCUCCUCCUCGCCCCCGCUCUUCGCUCCGAGCUCCGACCUCAGCAUCCCUCCUCUGGCCGCAGCCCAGCAGCUGCCUCCCGCCACCAUCUCACACCCAGUGGUGGUUAAAAGCGAGUUUGUGAGCUCCAGCUGCAGCAGCGGGUGUGGACAAUCUUCACUGCCCGGGAAUGAUGCUUUAUACCCGGCCAGCACCGACUCUCUCCUCCCGCUGCCGGCUCUGGAGCAACAGGUGGAUGUGGCUGAUUUCAUCGACUCUCUGCUGAGCUCCGAGGCCGGCCUGUGCGAGCUGAAGCCCGGCUGUGAGGUGAAGCAGGAGCCGCUGGGUCUGGAGGACUGGUUGAAGAGUUUAGCGGUUGCUCCGGUUACCGGAGGAGAUUCCACCAGCUACGUCAUCAACAGACCGGUCGUCAAGACGGAGCUCGUGCCCUCCACCCUGGACGCGCACCUGCUCUCCUCCCUCCUGCAGGGCGCGUUCCCGAUAGUCAACAUCAGCAGUGUGCACGCGGCAGGAGCCCCGAAGCUGUCACGCGGGGGCAGAAGAGCUCCCGCCAAGAACGGGCUGAAGGUGAAACCGUUCCCGUGCUCCGUGCAGGGCUGCGAGCGCCGCUUCUCGCGCUCUGACGAGUUGAACAGGCACGUGCGCAUCCACACGGGUCAGAAGCCCUUCCAGUGCACCAUCUGCGCGCGCAGCUUCAGCCGCAGCGACCACCUGACCACGCACACGCGCACGCACACGGGGGAAAAGCCCUUCUCGUGCGAUGUGUGCGGCAAGCGCUUCGCGCGCAGCGACGAGAGGAAGAGGCACGGGCGCGUGCACGUCAAGCAGCAGCUGCGUGCGCAGAUGAUGGCCGCCUACUCUCUGGCUCUGAACGCGCCCGGUGUCUGAACGGUGGCCGGUGAGGUCAGUUAAAGCUUCAGGAUUUGAACCGUCAACCGGAAACCGUCAGAGACGUUUCCCUGUGACGUCACACUGCCAGGAAGGUGUUUGGAGGUUUCAGAGGACUCUGGGUUCUGGUUCUGGUCCUGGUCCUGGUUCUGGUUCUGGUUCUGGUUCUGGUCCUGGUUCUGGUUCUGGUCCUGGUCCUGGUCCUGGUCCUGGUUCUGGCUGCAGUGGACUGCAGGAGGACUGUGGGUGAGACAGCUGAUGAAGAGGAUUGAGAGAGGAAGGUGGACACGGUGCUGCUCACUGUGUGUGUAUAAUAGUGACCUUCGACCUUUGUGCAUGAAGACAAACUGGACUGAUUGAUUGAUUGCUGAUUGGUGAUUGAUUGAUUGAUUGAUGAUUGAUCUGUUGCACUCACAUGUUUUUAUCUUUUCUGUAUGAAUCUAUUUUUCUACCUGUUUUCCAACCCGUGUAUAUUUGUAGAGGAGAAGAAGAACCUUUCUACAGCCGAUCAAUGAUGUCAUUUUCUAUGAUUGUAAACAGACUGAAUGAACUUUGUUCUAUAACUUUCAUUCUGAUGUUGGGGGGGCGGUGUUGGUACAAAGCACUGGUGCAUUGUGGGAUACGUAGUCUGGACUGUAAAGAUACACUCAGCUCAGUGUGAGCUCUCAGUAGCACCUCGCUGUGCAGCUUAAUGUUCCCUCGUUGUGCAUGGAGGUCAAUAAACAAACAAACAAACAACAAACAACA